AUGACAGGCAACAACAAGCUGUUGAUGCAUAUUCGAUCCACCAAUGCUUUGUCAUCUCUUCCCCCAGUUUUAAGUAUUUUAGACAAGAAUGACUCCACGAAACUAGAUGCUAAAUACACGUAUGAUAUACCUGUUGUGAUCCUUGAUUUUUCUCAUUUAGAAAGUGACCAAGGGAUAAUAGUAUUCACUGAUUUUAGUGAGAUUGGAACACAUACCUGCAUGAAAUCUGGUAAAGUGCCAUAUGAAAUAUUCAAGAAAGACUACUUCAUUGGUAAUACUUUAAUCUCCAAGAACAAAUUAUUCAAUUCGUCAAUCAGACGUGACCAAUACGUUACAUUAACUAAAAUGGUAAUAGAACGUUGCAUGUCAGAGGAUCAGGAAGAUGACGGAUUUAUUAUAGCAAGAUUUAAUUUUGAUCUAAAAAUAAAAAACAACAAGUAUUUGGAAGGGUACUUCAAUCAUAUUGAAAUUGCAACAAAGGAUAAUCUUAGUGAUAUAUUUGAACAGGGCUUGCAAUAUGAAUUUCUGGAAAUGUUACGUAGAAUGAAAAUGGUUUGUCAGCCUGAUGUUUACAAUCAACUUCGGGCCAAGUUUGACUUUUCUUCAUUUGAAAUUUCCCGUAAAAAUAAGUAUCAAAGUGAAAUUGAAUUGGAAAGUCAAUUGCCUGAUCAAAAACGACAUCAUUUGUCUGACAGAGUUGCAACUAAUUUGAUGUCAAAGACGAUAGUGAAGGAUAGUCAAAGAGUGAAUUUUGAUACACAAAUGAAUCAGAAUCAGGAAAGGGGUUCCGUAAAAGGGCCCAUCAUAGAAGAACAGGCUAGUAAUCAGCCAUUGAAUUUAGAUUCACAACUACCUCCAAUGACAAAUGGGGUGUCUCCUGAUUCAAUGGACUUUUCCGCUACUAGUACUACCAAUAUACAUGAUUUAGGAGCUAACAUGUUAUUCAAUUAUCCUGGGAUUAGAAAAUCUACCACUGCAAAUCAGAACAAAAAAAAAGAGGAAAAAAGCAAGGGUAUUUCACAAAUGGUUAUUCCUUGUACCCCCACUCAAAGUUCAAAUGAAACCAUUCUGGAAGUACCAAGUUUUGCCUCUAUCAAUACAGCGGUCGCGAGUCAGGAUUUGGGUUACCAACCAGAAAUGAUAGAACCAAAACUUGAACCAAACAGUGCCCUCAAUUUAACAAAUAUAUCAGUUCAACCGGAUUGGAGUAAUGUUACUAAGAAAUAUUUGAACAGAAAUGAACAUACUAGAAUCAGGAUAAAAAACAUACAUGAAACUCUAGACCAGUCGGAAUCUUUUCCAGAAAAUGCCCCUUAUACCUUAAAAAAGAUUAGAGUCAAGGGAAUGUUCCCUUUUAAUCCAGUAUUCAUCAAACCCUAUGGGCGAACAUGGAAAAUAGCCCCGUUCAAAAUCAUUGCCGAAGACAUUGAAGAUAAGAAUCUAACAUUAACAAUAGAAAUUAACAACGAUGAUGAAAUCUGCAAAUUUUUCAACAUAUAUGAAAUUGAGGAUGUCAUUACAGAAAUGGAAAGGAUCAAUUCUCGGAUGCAACUGUUACUAAACUGUAAAAAUGAGGUGUCAUUUAAUAUCAAAAGGAAAACGAGGACACUCCCUAACAACUACAAGUACAGUUAUUGGACUAUCGGGUCUUCAAUUGGUCAAAUUAUAUAG